AGUUCGCUCAGUUUGCCGAUAAAGACCCAAGCACAUGGACAUGCACGGGCUGAUCUACGAGGUGAGGCGGCGUCCCGCUCUCUGGGACUCGGCGCACCCAGACCACGCCAACCGCCCGGAGACGCAGCGCCUCUGGAACGCGGUGGCUGAGGCCGUUGGACUCGGUGUUGAUGUCUGUCGCAGCAAGUGGAAAAAUCUGCGUUGCAGUUAUCGUCGCAAACACAGGCGAAGCGGCAACUUGAGCCUCCAUCAGUCGCCCACGCCGGGUCACCAGUGGACAUAUGCGGAGGCCAUGACUUUUCUCGAUGGUCAGCGAAUACUGAAGGAGGACAGGGAUAGUAGCAAUAACGAGGAGGAGGAGAUGGACAGUUCUCUGAGAAGAGAGCCCUUAAUCAUAAUGCCAAACUUCAAGAGAGAAAACACCUCGGCUUCCGACGAAAUGGAGGCGGAUAACGAUGCCCUGAUGCGGGAAUUCCAGAAUGUGUCCACCCCGCAGGCGUUACGCCAGCUCUCCGAGAACAUCUCUUUGGCCAGUGCGGCGGCGGAGGAGCAGUUGCCCCAAAGUGGCCUCAAAAUUGGGCCCGGAAUAUCCAUAAAUCCGAAUUUAACCCAUGGAAGUGCCUUGGCUGCCGCGGCAGCCAACAGUUGCCAUUGUGCAAAGAGGGUGGAUGAACAGGUUAACUUCCUGGAAAACCUAGAGCGCGAGGAGCAGCAGCUGAUGCAGUCCACCAGCCAGGACUUGGCCAGAAGCAAGAGCGUCCUCCAUGUGGGCGAUUCUGACUACAACUACCUCGUCAGCUUUCUGCCGAUGAUGAAGCAAAUGACGCCCAUCCAGAAUGUGUUCUUUAGGGCCAAGAUGGGGGAACUUCUGCUGCAGACAAUGCAGCAGCCGCCAAUGCAGCCGCAAUCGCAAUCGCAGCAGCUGCAGCAACUGCAUCAGCAGCAGCAGCAGCAACAGCAAAAGCAGCAGCCACAGCAGCAGCAGCCCUCGCAAAUGUUGUUGAACCAACAGCAAAUGGCCUUGGAUCAGGCGCAAGUGAGCACCAGUUCCACAAAUUGGAGCUGAAUCGAGGAUUGAGCUGAGCGAGAGAGAAAUGUAUACGUAACAAUGUAUAGGAACUGACAACGAGGGCCCACUGUGCGCAUGUCCGGUGCACCGUGGCCGCCAAUCGCUGAAAUUAUUUUGAAUUUUGACUUUGCAUGCUAAUAAGAAGACGGUUUUACAAAAGUA